AUGCGCAUCCUCGAACAUUUCUUCCCUGGACAUGAGCUCAACCUGCAAUCUCUGCGAACCAUCGCCAAAGCUAUCAAGGAAGGCACGUUUAAUGCGGAGCCUGUCCAGCAUACUGAAGGCCUCUUCAGUAAUGACCAAGAGUCACCUGAGGAUGCAGAGAGUGUUGAUGAUGGCGAGGAACAAGACGUACAGGAACUGCAUGAGCCGUUGGGCUGCAUGAUGAAAGAUUCAAGAGGGAAAUUUCGAUACGUUGGCGCUCACAGUGAAAUACCUUUUAAUGCUGCUGUGGCCACUUUGGGUAUGCAAAGGAAAGACCCGUCGAUCAUCCCAGGCCCCAAAGUGGGCUCAUAUCCGCCUACUCUACCAGGCUCCUCGCCUUCGAAUUCUCCUGGUUUUGAAGAGAGCUACUACCUUCCCGGUCGAGAGUUGUGCGACGUCUACAUCUCCCGGUUUCUAGAGGAUGUCCAUUGCACGUACUGGCUAUACCCAGUGGAAACCCUGCUCCGACGGAUAGAAAAUACAUACUCCGAGUCGGCACCGCGCUCAUCAAGCUCUUGGAUGUGCUGUUUGUACACUAUGUUCGCCAUUGGCGCAGCAAACUAUGUAGGCCCCAACGGUAACUCUCCGCCACCGGAUUGGCCAGCUGCGUUGGACCCGAAAACAUCGGAGGACUACAUUACACUUGCAAAACAACUUAUUCCGGCAGUAUAUGAUGAGGCCGAUGUCGAUAGUAUACGUGCAAUGGCUACAAUGCUCGACCAGGAACUAUCUUCGCGAGGCGGGAGUCCGACGGUCAUAGAUGAGCGGUUUACGAAGGUUACUACGCCCAUGCCUUCAGAGCAGCGUGAGAUCAUACAGUCGGUCUACAUGGAACGCUCGGCCAACUCGAUAUCCUUCUCAACCGUAUCUAACUCCCUUCUGCUGCUGCAAAAGUGGUAUCGCCAGAUGCCGCCACACCUCAAAUACGACGUACCCGCGCCUCCCACGCACCGACGUGCGGUUGCAAUCUUGCAUCUCCAAUAUUGGAGCACCACGAUACUCCUCACGCGGCCGUUCCUUCUGUACCUCGUCAUCAAGCAUGGGACGCUGGCUUCGAGCAAGAGGAUAUGGUUCGAGCGGAUGGGCAAGAUGUGCAUUGACGCCGCACAAAAGAGCAUCUCGAUACUGACACAAAUGGCAAACGAUGGCACACUAUCGAGCUUGACGGCCUUUGAUAGCACAUGUAUUCUACGGCUGAUCAUGAUCUUCAUCCUUGCCUACGCACACACCAGAACAUCCCGGUAUAGCGCGCAUAUCGAGAAGCUGGUGGAGCUCACACGUGGUAUGGAGCAGAUAGGCUUUACCAAAAUGGUAACUGAGGAAACUCCAUUACGUCUCGCAGACCUAGGUAUCACUGGCCAGGCUCAACAGAACAACGGAGACGCGAAUGGGUCGAGUGGGCAGGUUCAUCUCGAUGAUGAGAUGAUCGCUCAGUUAUGGGGCAACUGGGAUCCGUAA